CCACAUCAAAGACAUGUAGAGGAGCGUUUGGGGUGAGAACGUACGCAAGGCUGACCGCCAAGACAUGUUGUUGGUGGGUGGGCUCCCCUGCUCGAUCUACGAACCAGUUGAUGCGCUGGUACCCAUUUCCCCGUCGUUGUCGCCAGACGGUCUAUUCUGGAACUAUAGUAAUCGAAUAAGCUAUGCAGAAAGUCUCUAAGGGCCAUAGCCAUAUAUAUUUAAAGUUUUGUGUCCCUAUGUUAUUGAUGGACGAUUUCACGAAGGCUGCUCUGUGUAUCGAUCAUCGUACAGCUAGCGUUAGCUAGCUGCGGUAAGACAAUGUCAUCUCGGGGGCUAAUAGUGAAUAGUGACAGGGGUCAACACCGUUCAUCAGUGUUGGGCGCGUAGCUCGGCGGUGACCCCCUCGCCCUACCAAUGCAGGUCAUAAUACAUGAGGAUCAAGAUGUGCAGAAGCACUGUCUACAAUUGCCUCUCUUACCCUUACCCCACCUGAGCAUAGGUUAUUAUCAUGCUUCGUGCAAGACGCCAUUGAUCCCAAAGCCACGGCUUUAUAUGUCCUCCAGCGAGCAUCCCAAAAUGGCAAAGAUUUAAUACACAGGGAAACUGAGCUCUACACCCUCCUUGAAGACUGGAAAAGGCUUGUAAAACGAUGUCCAGCUCUCUCUAAUUGCUCCCUUAUAGAGCGUUGAAUUAGGUUAGCUAAGAUCUCUUUUAGUUACAUCGCCAACCCAGGUAUCAGCGGCGACGAAGUCCUUGGUUGCGGAACGUGAUGGCGGAUUCUGCUGCAUAACGAGGCGACCAAAAGUAUGGUGCGAUGUCUUUGGCUGGAGUCGCCCUAUGUCUGUCCGCAUCGUUCCAACAGAUGUGAUUAACAGAUGUGAUUACGGGCCUAGAAAACAGCACUUGCAAGUACACGUUAAGCUAUGGGUUGGUCCGUCCUUUCGUUGGGAUCGAGAACGACAAGGGGAAGAUAGUCCGCUCUCUUGAGGUCGUUAGUAUCUCUACAAAGGAGCCCCAGGGAUUGCCUCUCUCAAGUGCCUUUCUCUUUAGCAUCCAUGCCCGUUUCUGUAACUCUCUACGAUGGGUUCAAGUUCAAGAUCAGAUGCAGCGCGGCUGGCCAGGAAACGCCUUCUGGCACAGCUGCAAGACGACAUUUCGCAAAAUUAUGAGCUGUACAAUUCCUAUGUUUAGGCGUCUGUGGCUUUAUUUUCCCCGCCGGACUCACGCGCUCACAUACCGGCUUCUUCUACAAGUUGGGAAUAAAAUGUAUGGGAGGACGCUUGAUUGGGUGCAACGUGUACCUUUUGGAUUGUACAUCAAGCAUGGUCCAGGCAAGUUUGUCCCAAGAGGCGAAGGGCCUGCACUGAAGCUUGUCGAGCAGUACACAAAAGUUGUAGCUCCGAGGCUUAUAGACUUGCUUACAACUGAGAGCAAGACCUAUCUCGUGAUGACGCGCAUACCGGGAAUUCCGCUACAAGAGGCUAUUCAGAGCUUCUCGUACGCGGAACGGUCGCAACUAGCAGCCGAUAUACGGGGUUGCGUCUCCCAAUUUCGCCAAAUCCCAAACCCUAACGACGCAGCUAUCUGUAGCGCAGAUGGCGGUCCCACCUUCGACUAUCGACUCGAAGACCCGGCAGGGCCAUUCGACAGCGAGGAAGCUUUUAAUAAACAUGUUAUAUUUCGGAAGAGUCUAAGGUCGGCCAUACACGACCAUCGCCAUAAGAUAUUCUUCUCUCACGCAGAUUUUAGCCCGACGAAUAUCCUGGUUGAGCGUGGGAAGCUCUCUGGCAUCGUCGAUUUUGGCUGCGCAGGCUUUUACCCAGAGUACUGGGAGUAUGCGAAGGGGAUCUAUGGUCACUUUGGGCUGGAAACUGCGUGGCCCGGUUCCUUGUCGGAUGCAUUUUCAGGGUUGUAUAAGGAUGAAUUAGCUGCAGAAAAGUUGCUAUGGGAGAAUGGGAACUCAUUUUAAUACACAGCACAUAAAUUUAGAACUUAAGAAAAACUGUUCGGC